GCGUCAUUAUCAAAAUACGAGUUGAUUUUCAGCGUUUAAAAGACUUUAAAAAGAAAAAAAACACAGAUGAGAACAUGCAUAGCGACAAGAAAUUAACCAAGGAAGACACAUGGAGACCAGCUGACCUGAGAAGACACAUCAGGGAGGAGGGACAUGGUGAUGACAAUGUCAGGAGGCGAGACGACAAUGAGAGAAGGCACCGUGGUGGAGAAUCCAUAGAGAGACGCCGCAGGGACCCAGAGAAGGAGUCCAGACGAGAGAGAGACAAACCCAGGGAGAUCCCAAGGGAGAGAAGGGAUGAAGACGAAAAAGACAGAUAUGCAGAUCGACGAAAAGAGGGCUCACAGGAUAGGAGAGGCGAUAAGGAAAAGGAUAGAAAGGAUGACAGGGAGAAGAGAAGGGAAAGAGACAAGUUGGUAGAUGGGAAGAGGUACGAUGAUGAUAACAAGAGGCGAGAUAGAGAGGACAAGCCUGAAAGGGAGAAGGACAAGGAAAGACACAGAGAUAAGGAGAAAGAGAGGGAGAGGGGUAAAGAGAGACGCAAUGAGGAGGACAGGGACAAAAGAAGGGAAGAGAGAGAAAAGGAAAGACGGAGAGAAGAGAGGGAGAGAGAGCACAGGACUGAGAGGGAGAGACGGAAACACGAUGAAAGUGGAGAAGGAGAAAGAGAUCGGGUGGAGAGGCACGAAAGAGAAAAGAGAGAUCGGCAUCGAGAGAGAGAGCGACCGAAAGAUGAACACGAAGACAAGAGGAAUGACAAAGAGAAAGAGAGACGAGAGAGACAUGGAGACAGAAAGCAUUUGGACGUGAAGGACGAAAGAGAGGACAAAGAAGAACAGAGAAAACAUAAAGAGGAGAGAGAAAGGAGACAGAGAGAGAGAGGACAUCAUGAUGAAAAGCGGAAACAUGACAGCGCGUCCACGGAGAAUCGAGACUCGAAGGGUUCGGGUGAAGAGGUCAGGCGUCACCGUGGUGACAGAGACCGAGCAGAACGGGACAAACACAAAGAGAGGAGGGAGAGAGAGGAGGAGGAACCGGAGAGAAAUCAUCACAGAGACACGACCAGCUCCAAGAAAUCAGCAUCUGACAAAAGUCAUAAGCAUCAGACUAAAACUAAGGAUGUAGCAAUGGUAUCUGAGCAGCAGACAACUAAUAAGAACGAUGUAGAAGAGCCUCAGGUUGCCAAUGAUGAAGAUGUGGCUUACCAGGAAUAUGAAGAUGACUUUGAGGAUUAUGAAGAAGAUUUUGAGGAGAUGGAUGAGAGCGAAAACGAAGGUGAGGACGAGAGGGAGCCUCAGCAUCCAGAGGUGGGUGAAGAGAGGGAGGAACUUUCAGCACAAAGGAGGAAGGAAAUUGAAGCAAUUCAGAGAGCCAUGGAUGAAGAGAACGAGAGAGUCGGAACAGCUCAGUCCAGACAAAGUACGAGCAGAGAGGAGGAAGAAACGCCUAAAUGGUCCAGAGGAUCAGAAAAGAACCAGAGUAGAGCCUCCCAACGCGGGAAGUUUAUCGACUUUGUAGCCGCAAGACAGCGUGAAGUCAGCAAGAAAGUUUCAACAAAACAGAAGAAACGCAGUACAGAGCUUCUUCGCUUAAUUGAUCUGGAUUUCUCAAUGACAGUCUCCCUUUUGGAUCUGCCUCCAGUGAAUGAAUAUGACAUGUAUAUCAGAACCUUUGGAACUGCAAACACUAAGCAGGCUUACGUUCAGUGUAAUGAGGAUAAUGCAGAUAGAGACAUCCAGACAGAGGAGAUAGAGGUGUGUGAGAAGUGGACGCAGCAUCCUCCAGAGCACAAUGGAGCCUGUGGGGAUCCAAACCUCUCCCAUGAAGCACGAAACAAAAGUGAGAUGAGCAUUGAUUCGCAGCGUCUGACAGCGUUUCUGCGCUCAGCCUCUCAGGUCAUGGUUGUCUUGUUGGAAGAGGAUCGAGCUGAGAGAAAAUCCCUGAGGAAUGUGAGGUCUCAAAAAGACACGCUGUCUUUCAGCGAUGGAAGUUUACAGCUCAACACUAAUUUGUCUUUUCUUUAUGGUCGUUGCAUCAGCCUGGUUCACUUCUCUCAGGUCCAGAGGCACACCAUGAUGUCAGUCCACAGCCCGACAACUAAGCCCAGCGCUGUGCGUCUCGACAGCUGCACCAUCAUCUGCAUCUGGAACAUUUGGGAGCCGUCCAGACCUCAAAAAGUCCUCGUCUACGAAUCUGAGGUGCAGUGUUGUUGCUUCAGCCCUGGAAAGGCCACACUAGUGUUUGCAGGAACAUCAGUUGGCUCCGUGUUGCUGUGGGACCUGAGGGAGCACGCCAGUGACCAUUAUCGCCUGAAGAUAGGGGAGGAUGAGUGGACUUUCCGACAGCCGACCUUUUCCACUGAUGCAGUGAUGGCCGGCUCGAGCCAUUUCUCAUCUGUGACAUCUGUAGAAGUUGUCCCCUCCACUGCAGCAGGAGGGCUGAGGCCAGAGGUCCCCCUUUUGGCAUCCGAGGAAGAGUCGUCAGGAUUGUCAUUCCAGCUGGCUUCUCUGGAUGAAAUGGGGGUUUUGAAUUUCUGGGUGGUGGUGGAACUCCCAAAAGCCAACGAGGCCGGCUCUCCAACUGAUCUAGGGCUGAGGCCUGGCGGCAAAGUGAAGUUACUUCACAGCGCCCACCUCCUCACUGCUGAGAGGAUAUCACCGCGAGAUGCAGCGAAAACAGGGCCGUUACAGACACUUCUUUUAAGAUUUCUUCCGACAGACUCCAAUCAUUUCUUUAUCGGCACCAAUAUGGGUCUGGUCAAUCAUGAAACAAGUCACGGUUUAAAGGCUCCACCAAAGUUUUACAGGUUUCAGGAGGCUGGAGUCCGACCUAUUGAUGUCACCUCGAUCCACUUUUCUCCAUUCAGGCAAAAAUUGUUCUUGGUUGGCUGUGAGGACGGCAGCAUCAGGCUCCAUGAGGUCAGCCACGAGCUUCCUGUGGCAGAGUGGAAGAACGGUACAGCUGGUGAACCUGUGGUCUCACUGCAGUGGACCCAGACCAGACCUACAGUCUUCUGUGUGCUCGACGCAGCCUCUAACCUCCACAUAUGGGACCUGCUGAAAAACGACACGGAGCCUGUGGUCACCGAAAGGAUGGACUCCGACAGGGUGACUGCCAUGGCCGUGUUUGGAGACUCAGGACAACAAAACACAUAUUCAGGAAUAGCACUUGCACACGAGUCAGGAAAGAUAGAAAUGCAAUAUUUCAGCAGAGAUCUUACUGUGCCUAUUACUGCAGAAGAGGAGAAGUUGGAGAGCAUGAUGACUGAAGCCUUCUGAAACUCUGCAUCUUGUAUGGCUGCAUUUGGACUGAUGUGUUAAUUCAAAAAAAUGUUAGGACUCUGGAAGAGCCUAGAUAUCAAUUAUUUAAUCUCUUUUUGUUAUUGUUGGUUUGUAUAUUUGUCAUAUUAAAAUUUGAAAUGCAUUAUACAUUUUUCCCAUAUUGCAAAAUAAAUUACAUAAACACAUGGCUGAAUA